GGGGGGGACUCGGGAGAAAGUAACUACAGGACGAGACCGAACCGACCCGUGGAGCCAAAAACCAGAGAAAAGAAGCGCGCCCAAGCGGCCCGGACACACGAGACCCCGAGCCGCGGGCGGGAGGAGGCGGGCGGGGGCCGGGGCCGGGGGGCCCGUGACCGCGCCGCCGCCGCCGCUGCCGCCGCGUCUCCCAUGUCCAAGGAGGGAAGAAGCAUGUCCCGACUCUCUCUCACACGGUCCCCAGUUUCUCCCCUGGCAGCUCAGGGAAUCCCGCUCCCAGCUCAGCUUACCAAGUCCAACGCUCCCGUGCAUAUCGACGUAGGGGGACACAUGUAUACCAGCAGUCUGGCUACCCUCACCAAGUAUCCGGACUCCAGGAUAAGUCGUCUGUUCAAUGGCACAGAGCCCAUCGUGCUAGAUAGUCUGAAGCAACAUUAUUUCAUUGAUCGGGAUGGGGAGAUAUUCAGAUACGUCCUUAGCUUCCUGCGGACAUCAAAACUCCUGCUGCCAGAUGACUUUAAGGACUUCAGCCUCCUGUAUGAAGAGGCCCGCUACUACCAGCUGCAGCCCAUGGUGAGGGAGCUGGACCGCUGGAAGCAGGAGCAGGAGCAGCGGCGCCGGGGCCAGGCCUGCGAGUGCCUCGUGGUCCGCGUGACGCCCGACCUUGGCGAGCGCAUCGCCCUCAGUGGGGAGAAGGCACUUAUCGAGGAAGUCUUCCCGGAGACCGGGGAUGUCAUGUGCAAUUCUGUCAAUGCCGGAUGGAACCAGGACCCCACACACGUCAUCCGCUUCCCGCUGAACGGCUAUUGCCGGCUCAACUCCGUGCAGGUCCUCGAGAGACUGUUUCAGAAAGGCUUUAGCGUGGCUGCCAGCUGCGGGGGAGGGGUGGAUUCCUCCCAGUUCAGUGAAUAUAUGCUGUGUCGGCAGGACAGACGGCUUCAGCAGGCCCCGACUACGAUCCGGAUAAAGCAGGAGCCCCUGGACUAGGCCUGCCCUCGCCGUCUUGGUGCCGAGCCAUCCCCGUGGGAGGCGCCAAGGGGGUCGGAAAACAGUGUUAGCAACUUGGGUGUGGAGCUCCGUGGCCAGUCGGGGGUUUUCCCAAGUGGUGGUCACCCAACCAGUCCUCAUUGUAAAGCCCCGGAGCACGCUGGCAGACGGACAGGGCUGCGCGGGAAGGCGGUCGAGCGCCAUUUCUUCCCGGCAGUGGGGGCGCUGGACCUGAGCGGCACUUCCGGUGCCCGCGGGGUGUGUGGUUGGGCUUGGGUGACAGGGCCGCGUGGAAGGAGCCCCGUGGACAGCCUUCCCACACCCCCAUCCCCCUCCCGACCCGGAGCCCGAGGCCCCGGAAGGACUAAGGCCAGUGCGACGCUGGGCUGGACGUUGCCUCUCCGAGGCGCCGCGUCUCGCCAGACGUGCUCCACAUUUCCAUGCGUGUGUCUGACGUCUGUGAUUGUUCAUGCUAGUAAAUGGCUUAUUUUUCUACAAUAUUUAAAAUGAAAGUGGCUUCUCUGCUGAGGUUGGAGAAACAGACAAGGACCGAUGCAUAUUUAUCUGGUGCUCAAUACUUUACAAAAAGGAAACUGUCAGUGUGACUCAUUGUGGCCUGAUUUCAAAAGUAAGACCCACCUUGGGAGCAGCCCCAGCCCCAGGACAGGACCCCAAAACCAAGGCCAAAGUAUGGAAGCUUUUGUGCUAGCAAAGCAGGCCCAGGAAGAUGCCAGUCCGGCCUCCCCCACCGCUCCUCCUGCAUGAGUAGGCCCCUCUGGGCCCUGGGGGGCGGGGGGCAGGCGGUCAGCAGGGCUCCCUUGGAGCUUUAGGAAAGAGAGCCACCUUUAUGCUCUGCAGGACAGGACGCAUCUUUGUUUGUUUUCUCUCUUGUUAAUUUAAAGGUAUUUUUGAAAUACUGAUGGCAUACUUGCCCUUCUGCUGCGUCUGCCUCUUUAGGGAAGGUCUCUCUCCCCCCUUUCAUUUGGCCCCUACAAUGUUUCUUUAAUGAAAACAGUUAUCAUCUCUUCUGACUUCAGCAGCAGCCGCUUCUGUAACUCGGGAGACAGCGCUGCGUUUGCAGGUGCCAGCCUAUAAAUAGCGUUCUGUGAAAUCCUGCUCGUUGCUGUAUGGCGUGAUUGGGGGCCUCAGUCACUAAUUCGUGCGCUAAUCACAAUUUAGUUUCUCCCACAUUAAUUUAUAGAAUCCUGUUGUAGACACUGAAUUUUAAUUAAACUGUUCUUAGACUAACAUGGUCAUUAAGGAGAAGGGACUGAGCUCUUCUGAUGAUCUGGGGCCUCUCAGUCCAGAUGAUGAAUUCGACAGAAACUUAGACCCAGAACAGAAGCAAAUGAGCCCACUGGGGGCCUGUUCCCUCCCUUGGGCUAACAGGUACUGAGCCAGGCUUGUCUGGUGUUUGGGGGGCUGUAAAGCUAAGCUACUCCUUCUUUGAUUUUAUAUAGUGUGACACUUUAUACACUCAGUGAUGGAAAAAGCGACCCUGUCCUGCCAUAUCUGAACAGAUGGCACACCACUCACCUUCCUCUGUAAGAUACCUGUAGAGUUGUAUAUUAUGCAUUUAAUAUUGUAAAGAUCCUAAUGUAUAUUGUCGUGUAUUCCUUACACAGUACUUCAUGCCAUAAACAUUUCUCUUAUGGACUGAAAGACAGUUCUGAGGAUUAGCCCUUGUCUCCCAUGUUCUGCCCCAGAGAUAAGUUUGGGUUGAAUUUCCUGAGAUUUGUUUGGUUUAACCAGAGAAAUAAUUGGCUUCGUCCAUCCUCUGGGGCGGGGUGGUGGGAAUUGUGUUCUUGGUGUUGAUUUCCUAGGCCCCGGUGUUUAAGGAAGCUGGAGUCUAGUUCAUUCAUUCCAGUCAUGCCCUUCCUAUCUUGUGGUAACUGAGGUGCUGAAUUCUAGUCUUGGUCCUAAAAGGAAACUCCAGGAAGCUAUAAAGGUUAAAUAUAUCUCAUCAGUACCUCACUUGGGAAAAGCAAAAGGAUCCAGGCUGAAAACAAUAGACAGAAAAUUUUGUCAGGGUGUUUUGUUUUUUAAACUUAAGUUAAAAAUGUUUGGGUUUUGUUUUUUCUCUACUUCUUUCUAUUGGUGUUGACAGUAUUUUCAUGGCCCUACAGAGCAGUUGCUUAGAGCUCUGUGUGAAGGCACAUCACAAAGCCUCAUGGGCCCCAAUCAAGUUAGUCGGUACAUCCAUGCUGUGCAUAUGGUUUGGCCCGUAUCACCCCAAUAUUAGCUACAAGCAGCCUUAACACAGAGGAAAGAUGUAGGGAAGCAAUUACUCCGUUAGGAGAAGUACAUUUUUUUUCCAAGGAAAAAUGUUUAAACUAGGAUAUGAUCAUUUAGCUAGCAGUUCUGGUCACUGAUUUUAAAUGCUUUUGUAUUUUUUUUUUUUUUUAAUUUUAAAUCUCCAUUUUCCCCUAUCCCUUUCCUGUCCUAGCUGCCACACCCACCCGAGCUAAUUUCCAUGUUUAUAAAAGCUGUGCUUAAUGAUAGCUAUACAGACUAAAUUAGGAGCCUUGCUCCCUGCCUGUUAACACAAAAACAGCCAGCAUCUCUAGGAAAGGACAGUGUAGACAGGAGUGCCAAUCUGUACUAUUCCCACAGUAAUUCAAAUUCUUCAAAAAAAUAUAAUUUUAACAAAACUGUUAGGAAUUUUUUUUUUUAACUCAACAACAAAACUGGUUUCCAUGUUUCCCAUCUCUUGGGUGUCUGACAGGAGAAGAGAAUGGAGAACAUUAGGCCAUACUUAAUAGACAGAGCUGUAAAGAAGGCAGCACUGUGUCUUCCUUGACUUUUCUGGCACCCAGUUUUGUUGGUGGUUUUCUGAGACUAUAUCUGACCUAGAGAAAGACUUAAGCACAACAGAACUUCAACCACUAAAGAUUUGAGGGUUGCUAUUAUGUUGUGAUUAUCGUCUUAAUAUUUUGAUUCAAAAACUUGUUUCUGACCAGUGGAUAAAAUAACAAAAUGUGAUAUAAAAUCAUAAUUGAGAACAGGUAUCUGUACUGAAUUACUUUAGUAAACAGUUUUAUUUCUUUCUAAAUACAAACAAGAAAAUAUGUUUUCACACUAAUUGGGAAACUUCUGAAUAAUGUACAGAAAUUGUCAAAAUAACAAUUCUAAUAAACAUAAAGUCUUUGUAAACGAUAUGUACAAACUAUCAAUACAUUUAAAACAUAUUUUUACACUUACUGGUCUGAAUACCUUGUGCAUACUCUUUUGGCUAAAUAGCAAAAUCAAUUUUUCCUGUUUCUCAUAAAGCUUAAAAAAUAAUUAUUUUUGUUUUAAAACUAUUGGACAAAGUUCUGUCUGCUCUUACGAUUGUUCCCUCAAAAAGUUUUGUCUCCCGAAUGAGGCAUUCUCAAAACAAAAUGUAAAAGAUAAUUGGGCAAAGGGAUCGUACCCCCCACUCCUACAGCACUCCUUUCUGAAAGGGGGUGGUUGUACUGCUCACACAGGAAUGCUGACACCUAGUGUGACAGUGACUUUAAAAGUCAAUGCACACAACUUUAAAAUCCAUCCUUCAACAGUUCUUUUAAAACCAGUAGCCUGUAUUCCUUACAAUAAAUAAAAGAUAUUUUAUACCAAAAAAUUAAUACCUUGAUUCCUGUGACUAACCACCUGUUGGGAAUGUGCAAAAAGUUGUGUCAAUACAGAGAACUACCUAGGGGGAAGGGAGCAAGAUGGCUCAGCUUGGACCUGAAGGCACAGAGGUCAACCACAAACAUUUAGGACUCCUGUUGAGGGCCCAGCCCCUCUCCUAGAUGUACCCAGUUUGUGGCCACUUCAAUGCAGAUGGCUCAGAAUGGUACAAAGCCGCAAUUAAAAUGUGUUGGAAACCAGAGCAGGCAUGGCAAUGGUUAAUUAGUUAGAAGAGGCUCAGCCUUAGGGGAAAGCCUCCAUUGGCAGAAGUGUCAUGAGCCCCAGCCCUAGAGGGAUGGGGAGGUGCUCAAGGCACAGACAGGCUCCAACACUCAGAAACCUUUUGCACAUUUUAUUUUUCCUGUGUUUUAUUUUUUUGCUUUAGUUUCUAGCUAUAGGAUUUAUUGAAAUCUUAAUUUUUACAUAAGCCAAACCCUGACAUCUGAGAAAACGAAAAGAGAAGGUGCAUGAAAAUUACAGAUUUUUAAAUGUUCAGCUGAGUUUGCCUCUGAGAAAGCCAGGGAAACGAUUGGCUUUAUUUCAGGAAGGUUCCAUAGAACUGAAGAGAGUGGCUAGUUUUACUUUACUACUCCAAGCAGAAGGUAAACUCUGAGGUUGACGCUUGUAAUUUCAUGUCUUGAGCACAGUCUGGAUAAGGGGCUCCACUCAAACGGGGUCCCAGCCACUUGCACAGCCCAGAGAUCACAGAGAAACCAGCACUUGGGUCAGCUGACAGAACUGGUGCACAAAGUAUCUCCGAUUCAUAUAGGCUGUUUUAAGCUUGGCAAAGUAUAUUAGAUUAUUGAAGAAACACAAAUUCAUUCAGUAGUUAGUGGGUUGUACUUUUUUUUUUAAGUUUGUGAUCCUAUGAAAAAUAACUCUUGGGAGGUGUGCUAGGUGAUUUCCAAGGUGUUUCCUGGGAGUACAAUUAAGAAAGAUCCUUUGGCUAUGGUGAAAGAAGCUCGAGCCAAAUGCUCCACCCAAUCUGGUUGAGCCUCUGCUCACCCAUUCACAGGUAUUCAUAGGCACCCAGAAGUGCCACUAAAGAAGCUGCUUUUUUCCAUUUUUCUAGCCAGGUUGCUCUGGUCAUCUGUGAAAAGGGAUUGGAGCGGGUCUUUAAAUUCUGGUCUUAUUGUUACCUGUACUCUUACCCUCCAUCUCCAGGAUUAUACCAAGUGUUUUUUUUGUUGUUGGUUUUUUUUUUUAAGGAUUAUUCCUUUUUAAAUAUUUUUUUAGAAUUUUAAAAAUCUAAAACCCAUCACCCCAUCCAACAAUUGAGUGCCAGUUCUGCUAAGGCAAUGUUAAUGUGCUAUCACUAAAACCCACAGAUGAAAUUUCCUGCUUGAUCUGGUAACCAGAGUCCAGUGACAUCAUUGUACUCUCCAAUUGACCUCUCCCACAUUAGUGAUGUCUGUUCUGAUGUCUUAUUGACAAGAUGGAAUUGCAGUGCAUUUCUGACAUAUGAAGAUUAUGCGCCGUUCCCUGAAAUUCAAACGUAAAGAACUUUGCUAAAAAGCUUAGAAGGGAAAUCCAAGUUAUUGUAGUUUCAAUUUCCUCUGAAUGUAUGUACAUUAAAGCAUAUGUUUAGAUUGUCCGGA